UUCCCUAAGGCAAAGAAUUCUCAGUGUCUCUGAGCUGAGCUGUGCAGCUGGUUCUAACUUCACACAGAGAUAUCCAACUAUUAUGUCUAGAGAUCUAUCCUUUUGGGUGGAGCAGUUAUUUGAUCUCUAUCAAGUUAUUGAGGCUAGAAGUUAAUUCUUCUGUACACAAAAUUUCACCUCUGCAAUUGCACACAGAGCAACAAGAGUGUGGAGAGCUUGAAAGUAAUCCUUUUGAAAUGCAAAGACACUUCAGAGUGAGAGAAGACUGAUCAUAGGAAAAAGGAGAGAAACCGUUCAUCCCAUUCUUCAUUAUUCAAGUAUCAUGUCUCGUCCUGGAAACAAAAGACCAGAAUACCAUAAAAUAGAUUGGCAUUUACCAGCAAUUUCAUCCUCUGCUUCAGCACAUUCCAUGAACAGAGAUCUCUUUGUACUUACCUAUGGAGCUCUGGUAGCCCAGUUGUGCAAAGACUAUGAAAAGGAUGAAGAUGUGAAUAAUUACCUAGAUAAAAUGGGUUAUGGCAUAGGAAUACGACUAAUAGAAGACUUUUUGGCUCGUUCUUAUGUAAAAAAAUGCCAUAGCUACUCAGAAAUUACUGACCUAAUUGCACAGGUUGCUUUCAAGAUGUAUCUGGGAAUCACACCCAGUGUGACACGUAAUGAAUCAAGUAGAAAUGAAUUCUCUCUAAUUCUGGACAAAAAUCCUUUGGUGGAGUUUGUAGAGGAGCUCCCAGCUGGACGAUCUUCUCUUUGUUACUGUAAUUUGCUAUGUGGGGUCAUUAGAGGUGCCCUGGAAAUGGUUCAUUUGACUGCUGAUGUCACAUUCUUGCAAGACAGACUUAAAGGAGACAAAGUUACAGAAAUAGGAAUAACAUUCCUGAAGAAGUUGGAGGAGAAAAAAUACAGACGGAAAAAAUGAAGCCAGAGGAAGUCAAUUUGGGGAGUGGCUAAUAGCUGUCUAUAUAUGGCUCUGUAGUUUUGAUCUUGCAAAUGUCAUACAGGCUUAAAAAAGAAAACCCAACAUAAUAAUUUAGCCAGAACAAUGGAAUUGCUUGAUAUCAGGCAUGGCUACAUUUUUUUCCUGCUUAUAAACUUACAUUUUAUACCAAGUGACUUAUCAUGUCAUACAGUGAGCAUGAAUUCCACAAUAUUCUGCAGUGCUACCUCAUCAUUUCAUACUUGUAGGCAUGGAAGUAAGAAUAAAUAAUUGCCAUAUUUCCUCUUAUGUUGAGCAUAUGAGGAAAAUCAGAUAAUAUCGCUUUUGUCUUUUUUUUUCUUUGUAUCCUCAAGUGGUUAGCACAAUGCCUGGCACAUAGUAGGUGCUCAAUAAAUAUUUGUUGGCUUCCUGACU